AUGACACAGCUCACCGAUCUGUACCUGGGCCGAAACAAGAUAUCCAGGAUUCAAAACCUCGACACCCUCGGGCAUCUGAGACACCUAGAUCUGACUGAUAACAGAAUAAGGGGCCUUGAAAACCUGGACAGUCUUCAUCUCCUUCAGGAAAUUUACCUUGACAAAAACAAAAUCACAGAGAUCAAGAGUCUUGACAACCUUAUCAACCUGCGGGUUCUCUCACUCCAAUCCAAUCGUUUGACCUCGAUGGCUGGAUUCUCGAAACUUCUCCACCUCGAAGAACUUUAUCUCGGAGGUAACUAUAUUACCAAAAUAUCAGGGUUGGAAUCAUGUUCAAACCUACGCGUGCUUGAUAUCAGAUCGAACCAUAUUCCGUGCCUAGAGAAUAUCGCUCAUUUGGAGCACCUCGAGGAACUGUGGGCAUCAUAUAACAAGAUAUCAAGUCUUGAAGAGAUCGAGGUCCAGCUGAGGGACAAGGAACAUCUGGCGAGUAUUGAUUUUAAGGAAAACCCCCUAGAAACUCCAGGGAGCAAGAGUCUGUGGCUGGCCCUUCCACAAAUCUUCUCGAUUGAUGGCGCCACUCGGCCUGUAGAUCUCUGA